CGUAAAGUUGUCACUUACCAUACAAAUAACAAAGCGAACAAAAGAGAAAUUCACCAAGCAAAUAAACUUACGUCGACGUGUAACCCACACUCCCACCCGAUUGUGUCUUUCUUUACACAACCCUACAUAUUAUACAUAUUAUCAACACCGAAUCUCAAACACAAACAAACACACAAUAUCUUCCUUUCAAAGAAAACUUUUGCUUCUCCCAAGAAUCUGAAUCUGCUUCACUUUUGUUCAACCAUGAUGAAGAUCAUCGACGAUACGACAUCUCCAAUGGCCCACCCGGUGGAUCCAUCUCAACCUCCUUCCGACCAAACCCAACAAGAACCUAGUUCCCCCGACCAAGCUUCUUCUGUUUCGGACAAGAAAGAUCAAGAUUUGCCAGAAGAGAAACCUAAACGGAAUCAAGAAGAAGAGAGAGUUGACACAGGGAGAGAGAAGCUAAAGAGGCACCGGAGAGACAUCGCCGGAAGUGUUUGGAUACCGGACAUAUGGGGACAAGAAGAGCUUCUUAAGGACUGGAUCGACUGUUCAACGUUUGACACGUGCCUAGUCCCUGCCGGAAUCUCGUCGGCACGUGCAGCUCUCGUAGAGGAAGCUAGGAGAGCUGCUUCAGCUUCUGGUGGGUUACAUAAUCGUUGCUUGAUCUCACGCUGAAUUUUUAUAUAAUAUCAUAAAUAAAUGUGGUUCUUGUUCCUCCUCUAUAAUAUAUUAUGUAAGAUACUAUUGUUAUAUUGUUGGUAUAGAGACUCUUUCAUUUUACUCAUAAUUAUAGAGAACAUUUUUUUUUUUUUGAUAAAAUUAUAGAGAACAUUGCCAAUUGCUUUUAGUGUGUUUCGUUGCCUAUAUUGGUGGAGGUGGUAGUAAAUAGCAUAUGUUAUAUGGUUUUGUAUGAUAACUGUGAUACAUUCCGUUACAGAUCAACUUAUCUAUAUAAUUCGUAUUCAUUUC